AUGUCGGUAAAAGAUAGAACUUCCGAAUUUCACGCUGCUGUGGAAUCGAUCCGUUCAAGGUCUUCAAAUGGUCACGGUGGCUUUCAGGCAAGGCACAAUUUGGAACAUCGUCGACCUUUGCUAGGCGGUAAUAAUACCGGAGGCAAGCCUAUUAAUGGUUCGAAUGGGUUAAAUAAAGGUGAAUUCUCAAGAAUGGCUGGAGCAAUUGGGAAAGAUAUUAAUAUAACGGCAGCAAAGUUACAGAAAUUGACGAAAUGUAUGAAAACUUUAUUUGAUGAUCGACCCGUUGAGAUUAGCGAAUUGACUUAUAUAAUCAAACAAGACAUUGCAAAAAUAAAUAAGCAAAUAGCCCUUCUUCAACAAUAUGUUCGUGAUCAUAAAAAGCAUAACAAACAAGCUGAUGAACAUUCUUCAAAUGUGGUUGUCAUGUUGCAAUCAAAAUUAGCUAGUACUAGUAUGGGCUUUAAAGAUGUGCUUGAAAUUCGGACUCAGAAUAUGAAAGAAAGUAAAGAUAGAAGGGAACAGUUUAUGUUUUCAAGUAGUCAACAUGCUAAUAUUCCAGCAGUUACCGGUGGCUCUGGGCUCGUUGGAAAAGCCAUUGAAUGGGUAAUUGAAAAUGAUAAAGGAAAGUUCGGUAAGAUGGAAGGCGAAAAGUGGGUUUUCCUUACCAGCAAAGAUGGUGAUUUGAGGUCUGCUGAAGCUACUCGCGCAAUUUUUGACAAAUAUAAGCCGACUCACGUGAUACAUUUAGCCGCUCUUGUCGCAUAUUACGAUCAAUUUGGUGAUAAAUUCACCUCGGUUAUUCCAACUAAUGUGUUUGGUCCUCAUGAUAAUUACGAUUUGCAAGAUUCGCAUGUAAUUCCCGGAUUAAUCCAUAAAUGUUAUCUCGCUAAGAUUGCUGGUACUGGUAAACCUCUUCGUCAAUUCAUUUACUCACGAGACCUUGCAAAAUUGUUUAUUUGGGUACUCAGGGAAUAUGAUGAAAAGGAUGAAGUAUCUAUUAAGGAUGUGGCAGAUGCAAUUGUAAAUGCUAUGGAUUUUAAAGAAA